GUCUUGCAUUUGUAGGUGAAAAGCAGCAGAUAGCUGCUAGCUAGCCUCAUGAGGGACCAGAGAUGAAGAAGGACCACCCCCCUUUUAUAGCAUCGUUGAGUGAGGCUCACUUCUUGCUCGAGCUCGAGGAGCUCAGCAAGGUAUAGCAAGCUCUCGGUCGCCAUUGCAAUGGAAGGCCUGAUCCCGUUGGUGUACCGAGCCAUCGUGGAGUACAGGAAGGCGAGGCAUCAGGUCGCCAUCGGAAGCCGCCUGCUGUACGGCGGCGACCACCACCACCAGCCGUGUGGUUCGUCGGCGCUCUUCUGCGUCGUCGACUCUGGCAGCAGCAGCGGCAGCUGGCACGCCGCGCCGUCGUCGAUGUCCCCGGCCACGUCGCCGGCGGCGUCCAGGGCCAGCAGUAGCCUGGCGUCGCCGCUCCUCCGCUCAGCGUCCCGCCGCCAGUUGGCAGGUUAGUGGAUCUGCUCGUGAUGGGCAACAAGUUCGAGCGGUGAUAUGAGAGGCACCGUUCGGCGUGUACAACAGUACAAGUGUACAUGUACGUAUUACGUAGUCGUACGUAUACAAGGUGUGUUAAUAGGCCCUCGAGAGAAAGAAAAAAAAAAGGUUUGUUUUGAAGAAUAAAGGGCAUGGUCAGAGGGUGGUCCAAAGGAGCACCUCAACUGAUGAGAAGAGGAGGCAAAGCUGCUCCUUCGAGCCCAGCUGGUGGUUGUACGUGUAAUCCUGUAGGCUUCAGCUGCUGCUAGCUCCAGUAGCGGCCAUAUAUGUGAAACACAAGUACUCCUAUGUGUUGUGUACGUGCUAAAAGUUACAGCACGGGCCGAGCUUGUCGUUCAACUGCACAUGUACAUAGCGACAAGAGCGUAGUAAAUAAACUGUACAUAAGUCUCAAAAAGUGCAAGAUAUGAGAUGCCAAACCUAGUUUUUUUUUUUCCGUGAACGUGCUUGGCAUUUGGCAAGUUUCUCAUUAAUAAGAGGAAACCCAGUAAAAUCGAUCUCAGUGCAGGUGGAGAGAAUUAUUA